UCCAUAGCAACCAUGCAGCUAAGACAAGCAUCAUCGUCAUCACUCCUGCUCUGUGCACUGGUGCUGAUUGUCACCAAGAUGACGGAUGCCUGCUCCUGUAUGCCUGCUCACUAUCAAACACUAUUCUGCAGAGCUGAUGCUGUUAUCGAGGGAACGAUCAAGAGCACAUCGUUCAUCUAUGGCGACAACGCGGUCUCCAACAACGAUGUCUAUGGCUCUUCAAUGGACUACAGCUACGCGGAUCUCCUUCCUCCACUGGUUCUCCCUCGGUACCCUCUCUUCGUCGUCUACAACGUGACUAUCAAGGAGGUCUUCAAGGGGGAGGAGGAGUUGGUCGGCAUGACGACCGUAUCCGUGUCUAGCGCAGCAAACGGAGCAAUGUGCGGAGUAGCCGAUCUCCAAGAUGGAGAGGCCUACAUUUUGAGUGGUUUUGUAUGGGAUGGAGAACUUAAUGUUGGUCUGUGCAGCAGUUGGGUCCAACCAGUCAACUCACUCUCAGUAUUCCAGAAGAGAGGACUUAAGCGUCUCUACGCAAAGUCAUGCGACGACUGUCGGAUUUGUUCUGCAAAGUAUGACAAUGACUGCCUGCCCACGGAGGGGUGCAUGGGGUCUUACGCAUCGCCUUGCGUCAGAAGGAACUCUGCAUGCAUCCGCAACAACAAGGGACGCUGCUCCUGGAAAAAUAGCAAGUACCUGAGGCUUUGCUGAGCAUCUCGUCAUCACCAGAUAGACCCAUUCAUCCUUUUUAAAACAUUAUUCUUAGACCCCAUUCAGACGACAAGAAAGUUAUACCAAAUUUGUAUGAAGUAUAAAACAUUGUAUAGCGAAAGAGACACACACACACAUGAUAAGAGUUUCAUACAAAGAAUUGUUGUAUAAAGAAUCUAGAUUUGAAAAUAUUGUAUGUUUAUAGUCAGCUCAGAUGACAGUCGGCCAAUCAUCGUUUCACACUCAUAAUAACCCUCAGCUAGUUCUACUGUUUUCUUUCCAUGUGACGUUGAAAUUAUAAAGGUAAUCUGGUUUUUGGUUGGAUUUUCAUUAAACAUCUGUUUCGCUAUACAAUGUUUUAUCAUACAAUGUUGUAUUAUAUGAUGUCUGAACUAUAAAAAACUAUUUAUUGUAUAGCUCGAUAUAUAACUCUUUGUUAUCUGAAUGGAGGGUUACAGUCUUGAUAUCAUCACUGAUCAUCCUGAUAGAAAUUAUUGCUUGAGUGUAAUGUCCAAGGUCGGGAGGUUGACAGAUGGCAAUUUAGUCUCUUUUUCAUUUUAAU